UUACAUUUUAUUUCAAAAUAGUAGUGUGCUGCGCUUUUGUACGACAGUGACGACAAAAUUCAAAUUCGGCAAACUGGGUUCGGCAAACCGGGUUUCGGCCAACUGGGAUUUCAUGUUUUCGGUGAACUGGAUUCGACAAACUGGGUUUUCGGCAGUGAGUUAAAUUCGACAAACCAGGUUUCGACAAACUGGAUUUCGACCAACUGGGAGGAUACCCAUAAGGAUGCUGGAUUGGCGGUAUUGGGUGCGUAAGAGUCGACACCAGACCUCCGCCCCACCAUAGUUGGAGCUGAGGUGCAAAAAUUAUGAGAAUAUAGAACUCUAUGUGUCCGGAAAUUUCACUCUCGCACCUAAAAAAAUCUUACUGGUAAUUCAUAUCAACGAUAAAAUAAAACAAUUAAUUUUCUUAAUACACGUUCAAGCGUACGAUUGCUCCGUCUGCACCCCACCCUCAACCUGCAUCCACCCCAGUGCAGUACUGUACUGUAUUAGUUUUCUCCCUGUAUGAAUGUAUUUCAGUAUGCAGUAUCAUGGACGAAACUACAGUACUAUGAUAAAAUAGGCCGCUAUCCCGUUACAAAUACAAGUGAAAAUUCGUUAUUGACAAGUGUAUAGGCCUACAUUAUAUAAACAAGCCAUUAUGAAAUAACAAUGAAAUUUCAACAGCAGAUCAUGUAAUGUUAGGUUAUUAGAUAAUAGGACAUAACAGGCAAUUGAUGCAGACAUAGGCUUAUAUACAUUUAGAAAAGGCCGUCCCCUGCAAGUCGAAAAUGGCAUCGCAAGCAGCCCACCCCCACCUUAUUACCUGUAAUUAUUAUUAUCAGCAUAGGCAGUUCACACACUGCCGCGAGCGGGCUUCACUCGCAUGAUAUGACGCACUUCCUGUACUGUAAAAAGCGUUACAAUUCUGUAAUGCAAAAUACGCUCGCUGCUCGUUCUUCCUCUAUCUAUAUUCUUUAUUACAGUGCAGUAUAUGCAUUUCCUCGUGUAUCACGUAACCUCAGAUCAAAUUUGUUUUGGUUCCUAUUGCUAACAUAUUCAUAUCAUGUAAUUAUAAUACGAUGUUUUUGACAGAUUUGAAGCACUUCGAAGCAAUUUGUAACGUACAAAAUGGCCGCUGCAAAUCAUCAGAAGGAAUUAAAUUCAAUAAUUGAACUCCACGAAUUAACUUUGCCGCCAUCAGCAAAAGACGUCCCUUCCAAAUUUCAAGAUAAAUUUAACAACCUCAUGUUAGAAUUAGAGGGCGCUAUACUGAAACUUAGCAAGUCCGAUGUUGCUGCGAACAAAAAUAUGUAUAUCCUAUUCAAGACAUGUGGAGGUUGGUUUUUUAAUGAUGAGUUCAAAAUCUAUCGCAAAUUGAUUAUUGAUAAACUAUGUGCGUCAGGAUUUAUUGAACAGGCUAUAAGAUUUAACAAGCAGCUAGAUAAAUCGGACUUAUUCAAACGAAAAAUAUUCCAUGGAUUCUCUGAUGAUGAUUACAGAUAUAAAAUUCUCUAUAAUGUACUAUCAACAUUGUGUAACUUUACCGAUUCAUCUGUUGAGGCAUGUUCCAAUCUCGCAGAAAAUGGGGCUAUUCCACUGUUGUUGGCAUUUCUUCAACAUGAGGAUCUGCUGCCGACAAAUCUCACAGACAAUAAAUGGCAUUUUAUAAACUCAGUUCUUGGUGUCAUUGGUAAUAUGGCUAGACUCUGUCCAGAUACCAGACCGAUGCUGAGGGAAAACAGUGCCAUUGAAAUUCUAUUGGAAUAUUCCGUGACUACAUAUUUGGUUUCAAGAGCUGAUUGCUACCUGACAAUUUCAUUUUUAAUCACCGAUGAAGAAAUUGAUCUCUUGAAUGAUAGUGGAAGCACGGUGAUAUUUCUAACGGAUCUUCUAUCCAAAACGCUGGACUCAAAGGAUGAAUUUGUUGCUCAUGGGUAUAGCCCGUCAGAAAUUUUGUUAGGGUUGAACAAUCUAGCUUUAAAUGACAAUAAUAAAGUCAAAAUCGUCGAUUAUGGCGGGCUACAGCUGCUUUCAAAAACAACAAAAGUUAAAAACAACAUAGCAAUAGAUAUCAUAGCUACUGAACUGACGUGGAAGUUGGCGUUCAUGAAGGAAAAUAGACAGAAAAUCAAAGAUGAAAAAAAGCUUAUUGAAGCAUUAAAAUAUUGGCAGACAUCACAAAACCCUAUGCUGAGGAAGGCGUCCUCUGGGGCAUUAUGGGAAACGUUUGAUGGUAAACUUGAGGAGCUAGGCAUACAAGGGACUACUUCGUCCGGAAUGUUUGAAAAGUACGGCCCUCAUGUGAUGCUGAGCUACCAGUGGGAUGUUCAGUCAACAAUGGUUAAGUUGAAAGAGAAACUCCAACAGGCAGGGUACAACGUAUGGAUGGACGUUGACAAGAUGAAGGGCGAUAUUCUAGGAGCUAUGGCUGCUGCUGUUGAGAAUGCUGCAGUGGUAUUGGUUGCAGUUUCUAAGAAGUAUAAGGACAGCAAUAGCUGCAGAACAGAAGCUACAUAUGCAUAUAAAAAGCAAAAGCCUAUUAUACCACUCAUUGUCGAAUCAAACUAUGUAGCGGAUGGUUGGUUGGGCGCCCUCAUCGGCACUUUAAAGUACUACAAACUCACUUGUGAAUCCUCCGUUGGAAAUGAAUUUCGAAAUAUCCAGAAGGAAAUCGGAAAUAGAGCACUUUCAGAAGAUAUUGUUAUUCCUGUAUCUGAAACACAUGUUUUUUCGGGCAAGAAUGUGCCAAGCGAUGAUGUGGACGGCCGGUACACAAGUGUAAUUAAUUGGACUACAGACGACGUUGAAGAGUGGUUAAGAGACAACCUCAUGUCAGACUACAACAGUUGUAUGAAAGAUGUGAACGGAGAAAUUCUUUUGCAAAUGGUGAAAUUUUCAAAGAAAGCCCCUGAAUUCUUCUAUUCACAAUUGAAAUUGGACUUCGGGAUGAGUCUAGUUCAGAUAUUAAAAUUUGCGAACGCUCUUGAAAAAUUGAACAUCUGAAUUGUAUUAAGGCAUUGAGUGGGCUUAUCAAUAAUGUAAAUAGUAAUUGUAACUGUAAUGUGUAACAAUGAUUAAUUAGUAUUGAUAGUAAUGUUCACAGUCAAUUUGAUAAGUUCUGUUUUUUUUUUCAUUAUCAAAUCAAUUUACAAAAUGAAUAAACUUUUAAAAAGUGCAUAAGAAGUAAAAUGACCUUCAUGAAACUUAAUGAGCUUGUAAAAUGAAGGUCUGGGUGUAGUAAUAAAG